AUGAACUGCACAUGGAGCCUAUUCCAACUACGGCAGACGUCCACGUCGACGUCUUCUCUUCUCUUCAGAAGCUACAAUAAUCCUAAAGGUGCCAAAUUUGUGCCUCAGAAGUUUAUCCACCCAACUUUGUGCUUCUGCCAACAAAUGCAGACGACUGCAUAUGAAAUUGUCAAUGGAAGCUAUGUUCCUGCCGUUGAUACUAAUCAAUCGAGUAGCAAAAUUAAGGACAAAGUUGUUAAAAAGCCUCUCGAAACUGUUGGUGCAUUUCAGAAGCUUCCCAUGGUGAUGCCGUCGGUUGAUAUUCUGUACUCAGCAUUGAGGAAAGCGAAGAGGGUCUCAGCCACAAAGGGUAUUGCUAAUGCUGCAAAGCGUGAAAGAAACAAAGGCGCCAAACAACUUGAUGCAUUGAUGAAAGAACUUGCAGUUCCCUUGAGGACGUACAAGGAGAAUUUCCCAGACAAAAAAGAUUUGCACCCUUACGAACGGUCUCUAAUCGAGUUGACUCUUGGAGAUGGGAACUACGAGGAGGUCUUAGGAAAAGUUGAUACUUUGAGGAAGAAACUAGUGUCAGUGGGAAAAGAACAUGCUUCCUUUUGUGCCAAGUCACACACGAAGCGUGAAGCGGAGGAGCGACUGAGUGAGGGAAUGAAGAAAAUUGAAGAAAUUUUUAAUAAUGAAGGGGAAGCUGUGGAUGAACUUUUGCAUAUUGCCAAGACUCUACGAGCGAUGCCAGUAGUUGAUCUUGAAACACCCACAUUGUGUCUUAUUGGGUCACCUAAUGUAGGAAAGUCGUCUUUGGUACGUUUACUAUCGACAGGAAAGCCCGAGGUUUGUAAUUAUCCUUUCACAACAAGAGGAAUUCUGAUGGGUCACAUGACAUUGAGCUACCAGAAUUUCCAGGUGACAGAUACACCUGGUCUACUAAGAAGACACGAUGAGAAAAGGAAUAAUUUGGAAAAGUUGACGCUUGCCGUCCUCUCCCAUUUGCCAACUGCUGUUCUCUAUGUCCAUGACCUCUCUGGAGAAUGUGGAACCUCCCCUUCUGAUCAGUUCAUCAUUUACAACGAAGUAAAAGCAAGGUUUGGCGACCAUCUAUGGCUUGAUGUAGUGUCUAAAUGUGAUCUGCUAAAUGAUUCCCCAGUAGUCUUCGUCACAGAAGAUAGUAGAGCUGAUAAUGUUGAGCUGGCAAAGUAUCGUACGGUGGGACCUGAAGGGGCAAUACGUGUAUCUAUCAAGGAUGAAUUGGGUAUUCGUGAGAUUCGCACCGCCGAAUUCAACGGGUCGUUCGACCACGAAGUCAUAUGGGUUGCUCUUUUAGACGUCCCUGAUGGUUUCGAGGGUAAUGCUACCCUUCCCGCAGACCACGCCUGGUUAUCAGAGACCUUCGUGUGGACCUUUUUUUGGUCCAACUCCUUGAAGACUUACUUCAAUCUCUCGUUGUCGGGUGCCAAUUGUAUCAUCUGGCUAUCUGUGGAUGCGACGAGCCCUACUGCUGCGGGGGUCGAUGCAGGUUCCUCAAGCCAAGUCGUCGAUCCGCAAGCCUCUGUGACUGUGCCGGAAUUGACCCCUAUUCCACCAACUGAGCUGAGUUGA